AGGUAGAGCCGGGGGGGGGAAGCUCUCCGAGUCUCCGCUUUUGUCCCAAGUCGGCAAGGGGAUCUUCCCACCGCUUUAGCUCUGCAGCCGUUCCGGCUACAAUCUCCCUCCGCCCCGCCCUCCCCUCCACCUUUUCCUCUUCUUCUUCUUUCAAAAGUUUUUCUCGACUUCGGAGCGAACGGGCAAAGGGAGAAAGCGGGGGCUUCGCUGCCUUGAAAAGGGACUGUGGACCAAACUCUCCCUUUGCAAGAAGAUUGGCGGUCGCCUUGAUUCUUUUUUUUUUAAGUCUUUUUUAAAGACUUCCACCACCACCACCACCACCACCAUCUCCGCGAUGCAAAUGCUGGCGCCGUUCUUCCUUUACGUGGUAGCCUGGGCCACUUUUUGUCCCCAGCAGCAGGGAUCCGCCGCCAGCAGCCAGAGCGGGUCGAUCAGAGCCUUGCGCGCCUCGAACCGGCGGCGAGAUGAAAGUAAUCAUCUCACAGCCUUAUAUAAGAAAGAAGAGACCAUCAAUGUUUGGGAAAAUGGCUACAUCCAGAGUCCUCGUUUCCCACACAAUUAUCCUAGGAAUCUGUUGCUGACUUGGAAGCUACAUUCACCAGGAAAUGCUAGAAUACAGCUGGUGUUUGAUCAUCAGUUUGGACUGGAGGAACCAGAGAAUGAUAUCUGCAGAUAUGAUUUUGUGGAAGUGGAGGAUAUUUCCGAAAUUAGCACUCUCAUCCGAGGACGGUGGUGUGGAUAUAAAGACAUUCCUCCCAAAAUAACGUCAAAGACAAACCAGCUGAAGAUCACCUUCAAAUCAGAUGACUUCUUUGUGGCUAAACCAGGAUUCAAGGUUUACUAUUCCCUGGUGGAUGAUCUUCAGCCUGUUGCAUCUGAAACCAACUGGGAAUCAGUCACAAGCCCGGUCUUGGGCAUUUCCUAUCGCUCCCCAUCAGUGACUGACCCCACUCUUACGAUGGAAGCCUUGGAUCAAACCAUUGCUGGGUUUGAUACUGUGGAGGAAUUGCUCAAGCACUUUAAUCCAGACACAUGGCAAGAAGAUAUGGAUCACCUGUACACAGAGAGUGCCCCACCUCGAGGCAGAAGUUUCUAUGAGAGGAAGUCGAAAGUGGAUUUAGACAGGCUGAACGAUGAGGCAAAGCGUUACAGCUGCACUCCAAGGAAUUACUCUGUCAACAUUAGGGAAGAGCUGAAGCAAACCAACGCCGUCUUUUUCCCUCGCUGCCUCCUUGUCCAGCGCUGUGGAGGGAACUGUGGUUGUGGAACGACAAAUGGGAAAUGCGCUUGUACAGCAGGGAAACUGGUGAAGAAGUAUCACGAGGUGCUGAGAUUUAUCCCUGAAGCAGGUAAUUUCAGGAGGAGAGGCAAAACCAAGCCCAACAUGUCACUGAUCGAUAUUCAACUGGAGCACCAUGAACGUUGCGACUGCAUCUGCAGUGCGAGGCCACCGCGAUAAAAGCAGAGUGCCUGGUUUUAUGUGCAACAUAAAAGGGAGAAGGAGCUGUCCAUGCUAAUUUGCCCAGUGACUACCGAACUAUGCUAAAAAGCCUGAAUCUGUAGCCUUUUGAUUUGAAGUGCUAAAUGCCAAUGACAGCUUACCCUUAAUAAAGCAGAUUGACAACUCUGAAUGCAAAUCUGGGAUUGAGUUUAGAAAACAAGUGAACUCGAGGGCUGAAUGUUUUCAGGCCUAUGAUGAAAAUCAAGCUGCAUGAGGACAGUACUCGUUUGGCUGAGUUCCUAGUUGGCUUUUAAAACCCUUCAUGCGUGCAUGUACUCACAAUACUUUUGCACAAAAUCCUUUGCACAAACACCCUUAAGCACACUUACAGUCCAACUUAAGGAAAAAGGAAACCCUGUACGGGCAACAUGGCUAAUUUAGCCAUUUUAGCCAUUUAGAACCAAAUUAGCCAAAUGGCUAAUUUAUAGACAGCCACCAACACAUACAGGUAUAUUAGGUUUACCGAAUCCUGGUGCUGCAGUAGAAGUAUAAAAGUAGCAAUAGUAUCUAGCAUCUAACCAUACAGGCAUCACACCUAGAUAUAUGCAUUAUACUGGUCUGAUCAGAGCAGGCAAGUUUGAACAUUAAGCAAGCUGGAGCCAAGGCUGUUAGAAUCCACAUAGGUAGUCUUCUUAUAUGACCUCCAUUGGGACUAGAAGUUCCAUUACUAAGCAAUAUGACUCAUUAAACAAGUCGUCACAUUAUUGCACCUCAUUUCAUGAUCUUUUUUUUUUUUUUUGCCAUGGUCAUUAAAAUCCCCUGGUCUCUAAGUGAAUUUGGCUUUGUUCAUCAGAAGCCACCUGGGGAGAUUGCAAAUCACAUGACUCCCAGGAUGCUGCAACUAUUGUAAAUACAUGCCGGUUGCAAAUCUGAAUCAUGAUCACGUGACCGCAAGGACACUGCAGCAGUUGUAAGUGUGAGGACCAGUCAUAAGUC